AUGGCGAUGAAAAUGGAUUUAAGUGCCAUCAUAGAGCAGAUGGAGACGGACAGGCAGGACACCGCUCUGACUGCUCUACAGAGCUACACCAAGGAGAUGAACCAAUGCUUUACAUUCAGCAGGGAAGCGGAGCAUGACAGAGAGGAAGGGGAGUUACAAAAGCGUCUGGGGGAGUUGGUGCUCGGUUUCCUCAAUAGGGAGUUGCAGCCGUCCUGUCAGCUGGCAUGUCUAGAAACACUUCGCAUCCUGACCAGGGACAAAGACUGCCUGGACCCCUUCAUCAAUGGCUCGGCCAUGUCUACUCUUGCCCGCUACGCUGGCAUCGUUGUUGCCAGCACUGCCACACAUGCCCACAGCAAUCUGAUGGAGGACCAAGUCGAGGGUGAGGGGGAAGAUGCAGAGGAAGUGUCGAGUGAGUUGAUGAAGGGAGCGUCCCCUCCGUCAGAAAGUCCUGACCAGGAAGUGAUUGUCGAGGCUCUCAAGUCUAUAUGUAACAUCCUGCUACACAACGAGACGGGACAGGUCAUCGCAGCAGAUCUGCAGCUGAUGAAGGGUUUGUCAGAGAGGCUGAAACAGUGUAAUGAUUCUGCCUGGAUCCACGAGGUGCGGUUCUUUGACCUGCGCCUCACCUUUCUGCUGACUGCCCUCAGGGUAGACGUCAGGGCACAGCUAGCACAGGAGCUUCAUGGCAUCAGUCUGCUAGGCAACCAGUUGGAUGUGACACUAGGCCUGUGUUGGCCAGACACAUUGGAGACGGCCAGGGCAGGAUAUGAGGACGUCCCACUUGAAGAACUACCCCGUUUGAGCCGGGAACAAAUAGAACUAGCCAUGGAAAUUCUGAAAAUACUAUUCAACGUCACGUUUGACACUGCAAGGCGUAAGGUUGACGAGGAGGAGACGGCAGAGUACAGACAUUUGGGAGCCAUACUGAGACACUGUCUAAUGAGCCAUGCUGAUGGAGAGGAGCGGACUGAGGAGUUCCACAGCCACACCGUUAACCUGUUAGGUAACCUCCCUCUGCCCUGUCUGGAUGUGCUGUUGAUGCCAAAAGUACAACAAGGCUCCAUUGAGUAUAUGGGGGUCAACAUGGAUGCUGUCAACAUGCUCCUGGAAUUUAUGGAGAAAAGACUUGACGGGGGCCAUAAACUGAGAGAGACCCUCCUCCCAUCACUGAACUUGCUGACUGAAAGCAGCCGCAUCCAUAGAGAGACCAGGAAGUUUCUCAGGUCAAAGGUGUUACCUCCACUGCGUGAUGUGAUAAACAAACCAGAGGUGGGCAGUGCUCUGAGGAACAAACUAGUCCGUAUAAUGACACACAUUGACACCGAUGUUAAGGACUGUGCAGCUGAAUUCCUCUUCGUGCUCUGCAAAGAAAGUGUGUCAAGGUUCGUUAAGUAUACUGGAUAUGGUAACGCUGCGGGUCUCCUGGCUGCCAGAGGGCUGUUGACAGGGGGCAGAGACUCUGGGAUCUACUCUGAAGAUGAAGACUCUGAGACAGAGGAGUACAGAGAGGCCAAGGCUCAUAUAAACCCUAUAACAGGAGUUGUGGAAGAGGAGCAGCCUAAUCCAAUGGAGGGAAUGACAGAGGAGCAGAAAGAAUAUGAAGCUAUGAAGCUGGUCAGGAUGUUUGACAAACUGUCAAGGACCAAUGUGAUCCAGCCCAUGCAGCUCAGCAUGGAUGGGAAAAUGAGAGAGAUAACUCCAGAUGAUCUACAAAACCUCACACACAAUCCCGUGUUCCAGCCAGAAGAGCCAGGCAGUGAAGAUGAGGCUUAG